GCAGCAGCUCGCGCGCACACGGCUCGCGCUCACACAGCUGUGCACCAGCCAUAUUGUGCACCGGCUCCAGCAAAGCGGCUGCGUCACACCCCGAAAACCGAGGAGACGGGCAGCUCACCGGGAACCACACGGGGACACACCGGGGACAAAACGACGCAUCUACAGCCGGUCGUUGUUGUUUUUAUUUAGAAGUGAAAAUGGUGAAAUUGGGGAAUAAUUUCAUGGAGAAGAAGAGCAGCGGGAAGAAGAAGGAGGAGGAAGAAGAGGAGGAGGAGGGGUUCGACACCAUCCCGCUCAUCACGCCGCUCGAUGCCAGCCAGCUGCAGUUCCCCCCUCUGGACAAGGUGGUGGUGAAGACGAAGGCGGACUACAUCGACAGCAGGAAGGCGACGCUGCGCUCGCCGAAGAUCGCCGAGUUCUCCAUCAGCGUCAUCGAAGGAGUUUCAGAAAGACUCAAAGUGACCUUGCUGGUGGUCUGUGCGCUGGCCUUCCUGGUGUGUGUGGUGUUCCUCGUGGUCUACAAGGUGUACCAGUACGAGCAGCCGUGCCCCGACAGCUUCGUGUACAUGCAGGGCCGCUGCGUGCCGGCCGGGAUGUACGGCGGCUUCCCCCCCCAGGCCCCCGGGGGCCGCGGCCGGCUCUUCACCCUCAUCAACCACUACAACAUGGCCAAGCAGACCAUCACCCGCUCCGUGUCGCCCUGGAUGGCCAUCAUGUCGGAGGAGAAGGUGACCCAGCAGGAGACGGCCCAGAAGCUGGCUUGACCCCAGCUGGGGUCAGCAGGAGGAGCGUGACACGCAUCAGGAGGAGGAGGUGCAUUCAAGCCAACCUCCAGAGUCUGGAGCUCUGCUCCUCCUCCAGGAGAGACUCCUGGAGGAGGAGCAGAGCUCCUGGAGGCUCGCUUGAAUCACACGUUAUUCAUUUACACUUUAAAAACAAGAGACACACACACCAUCUCUGUAAACACACUCACAGUCUCUGCACACACAUCUUUGUACACUGUACACACACACAUUCACACACCUGUGACCCUGCAACACACUCGUCCCCUCUGAACAUCUCGUGUGUGCGUCGCUCGUUUUAACGCACACGACUCGUCGCUUCGCUCUCGGCUCGUCAUGACGAUGACGUCCAGCCGGCGUGUGAAGUGUUUUUAGUCUUUGAAGUUUCCUCCACCAGCAUUCAUGAACGUCUCCGUUCAUCCGUGAGCUUUACACAGCGUACGUCUUAUUCAUCUGUCUAUUAAUCUAUUAUUAUUAUCAUUAUAUAAUGCAUCGUCGGUGUUGAAUGUGCUCCGCAUUGAAGUCGCGUCAGACUGUUGGAACGAUCCGACUCGAGUCGCUCGUCCUGCUUUUCUUUACUUCAUUGAACUCAAACCGUCAGAUGAUUGUUAUUAAUUAUUAAUUAUGUACCUUUUUCAAACUGUAACCAUUACCAUCAAAGUGCAUUUGCUACGUAUAACAAUGUUAAAUGAAGAACUGAAAUAAAGUGCCCACAUUUCACACCAA